CUAUAUUACCUUCAUCAAUCCAUCUUCACCGCAUCAUCUUCAUCACAAAAGCACUCAUCUUCAUCCCACUCCCCCCCAUUAUGAAACUCAUCACAGUCUCUAUCCUCGCCACGUUUCUUGCGUCUACUUUAGCAAGUGAACCUCUCUGCAUCUCUCAAGGCUCAGGAUACUGCCAGGCUGUCUUCCGCUGUCACAAGAAAGCCUCGGACAGCAUCUUCCUCGACUGCAUCUUCGGCAUCUAUGACAGCAGCUGCAGACUGAUCGGCCACACGGAUGCACCUACGUAUAAUGAGGGCCUCGGUGCUGCGGGCAUACCGUAUAAGGUCAUUGUUAAGAGUCAUCUUCCGUCUAGCGAUCCGAAUAAGAUAAGGAUGCAGAUGGAGUAUGCGGGCAUAGGGUUCGGGAAGACGCCAGUGCGCAGCACUUGCAAUCUCGGGGCUGGCUGCGCGUUUGUGAGGAAUGGAUUCAAGUGUAUUGUUUGA